AUGUUGGAAUCUAGCUUACACAUGCUUGAAUGGUGUACUCCAUCGUUGACCGUCUACACUCCAGACUGUCACUGCCCCUAUGUUCCUGAAUCAUUCAUUACCCAGAAACAGUUAAACAACAAGCACAGUAAAACAGUAAAACUACUAUUUACCACCGACGCCCAAACAUCACAAUCUUUACCUAUCUUUGCCACGUGGCCACCUCACCUCAUCCGUGAAGGUUUAGAUCAUCGUCGGCCGCUUUGCAUUCAUUGCCGUGUGAUUAGUCUCGUGAAUCGCGAAGAUUUAGGAAUAUUUCUUUGUAGCUGUUCUUUGACGGUUAAGCGUUAA